GAUGGAAAUUCCCAAGAAAGCGAGGAAUAGCAGCAAAAGAGGGAGACAAAAGAGACAGGUGGAUGAAGUGAUACAGGAGAGACGUGGAGAGGAAAAUGUAAGAGAGAGGGAUGUGAGAGAGUGAUAGUGAGAGAGAGAGAGAGACAGACAUCCAGACAGAGCGAGCCAUCGACGGCUUCUCAACCGUGCGUCCACCUCCCUCUCUGCCCCUGACCCUCCCUUUUUGCUAUUGCUCCGUCGCACCGGCUCUCUCUCUCCCCCCCGUCGGCCAUGUUGGAGCACAUGUCCCGGCGCUCGCGCUCCCUGCUCUCCCUGUCCCUCACCUCCCUGGCUCUGGCGCUCUCCGUCCUGGCCUUCUGCACCUCCUACUGGUGCGAGGGGACCCACAAGGUGGUCAAACCGCUCUGCCUCUCCCCCGUCAAGAUGAAGAAGUGCGGCUCCGGCAGCGGCCAGUCCUCCGCAGAAGGUCCUACUCCUCCCUCCAAGAAAGAGUCCUCCUCCCCAUCUCCUGCUGUGUCUAACAGGACAGUCUCACAAAAGAAAAGGGAGGAGCUGGCUAGGAUUCGUCAAAGGCAACAGGCCAAUGCAGUGCAUUACAUCUGGGAGACCGGAGAAGACAAAUACAUGCUUCGAUACUUUCACACCGGGUUCUGGCAGUCUUGUGAAAAACAUAAUGACGGUGAGAAGUGUCGGAGCUUCAUUGAGCUGACCCCUGGAGAAACUCAAGGGGUGCUGUGGCUGUCUGUGGUGUCUGAGUUCAUGUACAUUAGCCUUCUUGCGAUGGGCUUUCUGCUGAUGUGGGUGGAGGUGUUGUGUGCAUGCGCCCACAAGGAGAUGUACGCCCUCAAAAUCAAUGCCUUCGCUGCCAUCUGCACUGUCCUGUCUGGAAUGAUGGGAAUGGUAGCGCACAUGAUGUACACCACAGUGUUCCAGAUGACCGUGAGCGUAGGGCCCAAAGACUGGAGGCCCCAAACCUGGGACUACGGGUGGUCAUUUGCUUUGGCUUGGAUCUCCUUCAGCUGCUGCAUGGCGGCCGCUGUCUUCACCCUCAACUCCUACACUAAAACCGUCAUCGAGAUGAAGCACAGGCAGAGGCUGCGAUUGGAGGAGGCCCGCGCCAGCCACGCCCCUUCCUAUGAUGAGGUGGUGCCAGGGGGCGGCGUCUACUCGGUGAGCGGCCUGAUGCAGUGCCAGGCCGGCCUGAUUGACAAGGCGUGGGCCGCGGAUGGAGUGGGAGAGGCGCCCACCCUCAUGCUGGUCGGGGGCUGCGGGGCGGAGGGAUGCGUGGACUGCGAGAGAGAGCUGGAGGAAAUGGAGGACACCAUGGAGAGGGACACAGAGAGGGAGGAGGGGUUCUCUGUGUCCAGAGAGGAGGACGGUGGGGCGGACGAAGUCCAGGAGGACAUGGAUGCCUUCUGCUAACAGAUUUUUUGAGUAAAAGGGAAGAAGACAAUAGAAAGAAGACUGGGAUUAAGAUGGAGGGAUUAAAUUUGGGGUGUGUCAAUAAAGGAAAGAGGAUCAUAGUUCAUUAUUGGGCUGAACAUGACAGUUUUAUCAGAGACUGAUAAGUAAUGACAACAUUUACUUUUAACAAUAUUUUUUUCAACUGAGAUGGGAAAUAGAUACUUCCUCACCCUGUUAGGGGCAACAGGUUUCUUAAUUGCUUAAAGAGGAAACGUUGUCUCAGUUGUGUUUCCCACAAAUAAUAUUUUUGAUUAUUAUUAUUUGUUUUUAUGCUUAUUCUUAAUAUUUGUGUCAUUAUUACUAUGAUCAUCAUCACCACUAUUAUGCUGAGAAAGUGCUGUCUCAGUAUUUUCCACAUAUCGUCAACACUGCUUCAUUUCUGAGGUGCAUCGCCUGAGAAACCCAGUGGAUCUAUACUUUACCAUUACCUUUCAUGAGCCUUUAGACUACACGGUGGGCUGUGGUAUGGUACAUAUAGUAAGACCUGGACUGAAAAAAGGACAUAUGGCCCAAAUCUUUCUUGUAACACGUAAUCAAGUUGUGCUAUGAAAGGUAUUCUUCCCUAUAAACUUCCUCUCAAUUUGCUUUUAUUAUUAGAAGAAUCCCCCACUAAAGGUCUGUGAUUUGAUAUGCAUUGUUUUGUGCUGUGUGUAGCAGGUGCUGUGUUUACAGUGUCCCUGUGCUUGAAAUGGUUAGUGAUUGACGUCUACCUUCUGAAAUCCAGUAUGUGUCAAUUUACAGACCAAUCAGGUGAUGGUGAUAUAUCUGUCUUAUAGGAACACAGAAAGGAGACAUAGAAAGGAGAGCAGCGUGCUUGAAACACUGAUAUUGGUUAUCUAGCAAUGAAAUGUAACACGUAAAUGAUGUAGUUAGCUAUAAAUGAUACACAUCACUGGUAGCAGGUGCCAAUAGUUCAGAGCAACAAAGCAGAGGUAGGGAGUCUACAGCAGAACCAGCAGCUGUUUCCUGAAGACGCAGUUGCUAAAUUCACCAUAUUACUUUGAGUGAAAAGCUGCUGCCUGUUACCUAUAGCAAAUGUUUUCAUUGUUUAUUUUUUUGUUUUUUUUCAUUGUUUUUUUGAAUUCACAGAAAAACCUAAUGUUCUUUCAUUGUUCUGCACUCCCCCACUCUAGAUAUGGUGAGUGACAGAAUUUUAAAUGCUAGGCUAUUGCUGUGUUCUUUCAUAAUUACACAUAAGGAAAUGCUAUUUGGGGCAUGUUUUUAGGUGUUACCAUGUCUAAUGGAGAAUCUUAUCGAUCACUAAAUACUGGUAUAUGCAUUUCUAUCAUGUUGACCAGUGUGCUAGCUGUUCAGAAACCAUGCAAAUUGGAAAUGAAGAAGGUCAAAGUACUGCAGAGAGGAAUGGGCCUAUUUAAAUUUUUACAUUGCAUUCAAUUUUGUUUUAUCGCUGGUAAAUCUGUCA